AUGAAGUUUUAUGCAUUAUUGAUCCUUCUCUUUUGGUUUGUGGUUGGGAGCCUUUGCAGAGAGCAAUGUGGGCGGCAGGCCGGCCGCGCUGUUUGCCCAAACGGGCUGUGCUGCAGCACGCACAGGUGGUGCGGCACCACCGAACCCUAUUGCGGAGCCGGUUGCCAGAGCCAGUGUCGUCGUUCGGGGCCAAAUCCGAAUCUCCCUCCUAGUGGCGGAGGUGGUGUCGGUGGGAUCAUCACCUCGGCUAUCUUCGAUCAAAUGCUUAAGUAUCGCAAUGACCCGCGAUGUCGUGGUAAUGGGUUCUAUAGUUACAACGCUUUUAUUACUGCUGCUCGAUCCUUUUCUGGCUUUGGUACAACUGGAGAUGAUGUCACUCGAAGAAGGGAGCUGGCGGCUUUCUUAGCCCAAACUUCCCACGAGACUACAGGAGGAUGGCCAACCGCACCCCAUGGUCCAUAUGCAUGGGGAUAUUGUUUCGUAAGGGAACUCAAUCAAGAUAUCUAUUGCAGACCUGAUGCCCAAUGGCCUUGUGCUCUUGGUCAAAGAUAUUAUGGUCGUGGACCCAUACGACCCAUACAACUGACUUACAACUACAACUACGGGCUAGCUGGUAGUUCAUUAAGAUUGAAUUUGUUGAACAAUCCAGAUUUGGUAGCAACAGGUCCAAUCAUAUCGUUCAGAACAGCUAUUUGGUUUUGGAUGACACCACAGGGAAACAAGCCAUCAAGUCAUGAUGUGAUCAUUGGUAAAUGGCAGCCAUCAAAUGUCGAUAGAUCUGCUGGAAGAAUCCCCGGCUAUGGUGUCAUAACUAACAUCAUCAACGGUGGACUUAGAAUGUGGAAAAGGAAUAUAAUGAAGCUUUAUACAUUCAUCUUCUUGUUUUUUGCUUUGUUAUUGAGAGUGUUUGCAGGUCUAGUUCAUGCGUCUAGUCACAAAGACGACGUUGGUAAACUCGUCAAUGCCACUAUUUUCGAUGAAAUGUUCGAGCGUCGCAAAGAUCCACAAUGUUCGAGUGAAAAUUUCUAUACCUACAAUGCUUUUUUGGCUGCUGCUCAUUCAUUUGGUAGGUUCGGAUUUGGUACAACUGGAAGCGUUAAUACUCGAAAAAGGGAGCUGGCAGCUUUCUUGGCCCAAACUUCUCACCAAACCACCGGAGGAUGGCUAACUGCACCCGGUGGUAUACUCGCGUGGGGAUAUUGUCACAUAAAGGAAACCACCCAAGAUUCCUACUGCAAGCCUGAUCCAAAAUGGCCUUGUGUUCGUGGCCAAAAAUAUUACGGUCGCGGACCCAUGCAACUAAAAUACAACUCCAACUACGGGCAGGCCGGUAAAGCAUUAGGAUUGGAUCUAUUGAAGAAUCCAGAUUUGGUAGCCACAGAUGCAAUUCUAUCCUUCAAGACGGCCAUUUGGUUUUGGAUGACACCGCAAGGAAUCAAACCAUCGUGCCAUGAUGUUAUCAUCGGCAAAUGGAAACCCUCCGAUGCUGACAAAGCUGCUAAAAGAGUCCCCGGCUACGGUGUCAUCACCAACAUCAUCAACGGUGGAGAGGAAUGUGGGCAUGGUGCUGAUACAGAAGUUGCUGAUAGGUUUGGAUUUUAUGAAAAGUACUGCAAGAUGUUGGGUGUCAAUCCUGGAAAACACUUGGCAUGCUAUUUUCAAGACCCAUUUGUCCGCGACUAGGUAUCACCAAAUAAUCAUAAUCAGAUGUAAUAAAAGCACAUUUCCAUGGCUCUUACUAAGAUAAAAGUGAGCAAGAGUAAGAGAAAUUUGAAUGUACCUUGAAUAAGAAGUUUUGUCAUAGCUGGGUAACUUUGAAUAUGGUACAUUUUGCUGUCGUACUCUCAACACUAAAUAUAUGUGCAUGGGUUUGAGUCGGAA